AUUAUCUCGAUAGAACUAUCGAUGUUUACUUUUCCGCGUCACUAGGAUGAGAUAUAGGGGUCAGGCCUUCGAACAAGCAAAGGAGGGGCCUUUCAGUACAAAUCACAGGACUUUAAAUAAUCAUAUGUAUAUAAUUUAAAUUUAGUUAGCGCACACGCUUUGCCACGCGCGUGCGCUGAUUGUUUUAUUUAUUUUUAUUUAGUUUUAGUUUAUUUAUAUAUUUAUUUUAAGUGUUAGUUUUUGUUAGUGACAAUGAUUCGGUUAAUAGUGUUUGCUAUAUUUGUACUGGAUUUUGGAGAAUGCUUUUUGAAUUUGGCCGACGUAGAGUGCGGGGUCGAUACGGCCCGCCGUGGCCGUAUCGUUGGGGGCACGGAUAGUUUGCCCGCUGAAUUCCCGUGGGCGGCCAGUCUUUGGAGGCAGGGGGCGCAUCAGUGUGGCGCUACUGUGCUUAGCGACCGAUGGUUGUUAACUGCUGGACAUUGUGUAUGCAGUGUAUUUCACGAGUUCUACAAAUCCAAACAGCUGACGGUAGUCGUCGGCUACACGGACAUAACCAGCAACGAACACAAUAUGGCGCUCUCCAAGAUACUACCGCAUCCUGAAUACAGAUGCAACGGCAAAUCCAACGACGUAGCUCUCCUUAAAACAAUCCAGCAGCUUCAAUGGUCCAGUGACUUAAGGCCCGCCUGCCUUCCACAGCCGGAGGCCCAGGACUUCAGCGGUGCCAUAGCUACCGUUGCUGGUUGGGGAUUCACUAAUGAAGAUAGAGGGAAAGGCUCACGACCAAACAUCCUCCAAAAAACCGACGUCAUAGUGGUCACCAACGAGGAAUGCAACCAAUGGUACCAGAGCCAAGGAAAGAAAGUCAACGUCAUCGCCAGUCAGAUGUGCGCGGGCUAUGAGGACGGAGGCCGGGAUUCUUGCUGGGCGGACAGUGGCGGCCCACUAAUGAUCAAAGACCAAACCCAUGCCAUGGUAGUAGGCGUGGUCUCAACCGGCAGUGGCUGCGCGCGCGCCAAGAUGCCCGGGAUCUACACCAGGGUAUCGAGAUACACUGACUGGAUCGUCAGCAGCAUCGAUAGUGAUAAAGGAAGGAGUGGGUUUAGCUGGUUCAGAAAUUUAGGGAAGAAGUAA